AUGGCGAGGACUCUGCUCCAGCCCAACUCCUACACCGGCGCGCCGGCGACCUCCCUCCUCCUCCUCCUACUCGUCGUCGCCGCCGCCGUCGCCGCAGUCGUCGUGUCUCUCUGCACCAGCGCCAAGAACGCGAGGCCACGGAAGCAGCGCCGGUCGUCCUCCCUGGCGCCGGCGCCGCAGCAGGAGCAGGACGGCGGUGGCGCCGGCAUCAGCAGGAACAAGCAGCUGCUCGCCAGCCUCAGCGGCAUCGGCGUCAAGGCGGCCACGGUGGCCAAGAUGGUCUCGUGGAACCGGCGCUCGCCGCCGGCGAGUGGCUGGAGCAGCGGCGACGAUGACGUCGGCCCCGACGGCGACGGCACCGCGGAGGAGGAGGCGCUGUGGAAGAAGGCCAUCAUCUUGGGCGACAAGUGCCGCCCGCUCGAGUUCUCCGGCCACAUCACCCACGAUUCGGACGGCAACCCGAUGCAGCCUCAACCGUCGGCGAUCAACAAGGGCGACGAUGCGGAGGCCGAGGGUUAG